CUGCAACACCAUGCUAGGAGUCCGUCUGUUAUCGAAAAGGGCGCUGCGUCCCUACUCUACCCAUCCCCCCAACGCCCGCCUUAACCUGCCCAUCGACUAUGCUGCCACGCCUCUGCUCGCCCACGCCCCCAAGACCUGCCUGUCCAAUCCCGAGCUGCCACACCACGUCCGCGAUGGCAAAACCUCGCGCCUGAACCUCUUCCAAGCCGUCAACGCUGCCCUACGUCACGCCCUUGGCUCCGACGAACGUGUCCUCGUCUUCGGCGAAGAUGUGGCCUUUGGCGGCGUCUUCCGCUGCUCCAUGGGGCUAGCCAACGACUUUGGCACCGAGCGCGUCUUCAACACCCCCCUGAGCGAGCAGGGAAUCGUUGGCUUUGCCAUCGGCGCCGCCCUCGAGGGCAUGAAGCCCGUCGCCGAGAUCCAGUUCGCCGACUACGUCUACCCGGCCUUUGACCAGCUGGUCAACGAGGCUGCCAAGGUUCGCUACAGGGCCGGCUCCACGGACAUGCAUGCAGGUGGCUUGGUCGUGAGGAUGCCCAUGGGCGGCGUUGGCCAUGGUGCUCUUUACCACUCGCAGUCUCCCGAGUCCCUCUUCACCCACGUCCCCGGCCUGCGCGUCGUGAUCCCCCGUUCCCCCAUCCAGGCCAAGGGCCUUCUCCUCUCGGCUAUUGCCUCGCCCGACCCCGUCAUCUUCAUGGAGCCCAAGAUCCUCUACCGCGCCGCCGUCGAGCAAGUCCCUAAUGAGGCCUACACACUUCCCCUCUCCAAGGCUGAGAUUCUCAAAGAAGGAAAGGACGUUACAAUCAUUUCCUAUGGCACACCGCUAUAUAACUGCUUCAGCGCAAUCGAGGCAGCGGAGAAGGACUUUGGUGUCAGUGUCGAACUGAUCGAUCUUAGGACUGUUUAUCCAUGGGAUAGGCCGGCGAUACUGGAGAGCGUGAAGAAGACGGGCCGUGCAAUCGUCGUGCACGAGUCGAUGAUUAACGCUGGUGUAGGGGCUGAAGUCGCCGCUACCAUCCAGGAGGGCGCAUUUUUGAGGCUCGAGGCGCCAGUGCAGCGAGUAGCGGGCUGGAGCACGCACAUGGGACUGGCAUAUGAGAAGUUUAAUAUCCCGGAUGUCGUUCGGAUUUACGACACAAUUCGCAAGGUUAUAGAGUAUUGAGACGAGGACGGAUUUAGUGGAGCAUUUGACAACGAUCUUAGCGUCUGAUAGCGAGCAUACCAUCAAUAAAGUUAUACAAGCAUCAAGCCGC